AAAUCUGGACGCCAUAUUUGCAGUUUAUUCGCAGGUUGUGUCAUCAGUCUGUGUGUGUGUUAGGCAGGGCACAAGGCAGGGUGUUGUAUCUACAACAGCAGCCCCAGCCACUCGGAACAAAAGCUGGGUUGUUGAAAAAUCAUGUGACUGCCAGUGUGCAUGGGUUCCACCCUCGUCUUGUGAUGUGAGCUCGAGGCAGGGCCUGAGAAGUGCUGAAUCGCUCCUUCCACCCACGGCGCAGGCAGCCAGAGAGCAGACGGCUGACAGUUGAGCGGACGGACGGAUGGAUGGAUGACAGGCGUACAAGUUAAAUUUGAGAACAAAUCUGAACGAGUUUUCUUCCCACCCAAAGAAACCAUCACAUCAACGUAUCCUCAAAUUGAUUUAGACUUCUGACAAGUGAAGAUGCAGAGCUCCAUUCUGGAUAUCUCUUUCAUAGACGAGCAGCAGGUGAGGCCAUCAGGAAGAGCAUCUGCUGUGUCUAAAGAGCAUGAGCCAUGGCCUCGGUGGUGCUGGUUGACACCGGUGGGACUGUGGUGGAGUAUGUCGCAGCUGAAGAAGAUCUGCAGCAGGAGGGAGAAUGCGAGGUGGAUCUGGAGAUGGAAGGAGAGGUAGAAGGAGAGUGUGAAGCUGAGGAGGUCUGUGAAGACACGGAGGAGGGAGAAGCUUCCGGAGGCUGUCCUGCUGUCAUCGUGGAGGAGAUGCCUGGGACCUGCCUGGCCGAGGAGCAGGAGUACUCCGCCCAGGUUUUGGUCUAUGCUGAUGAGACGGAUGUCAUGCAGGAGGUGGAGACAGAAGGAGAACGAGUGGAGGCGUCUGUUCACUUCACCAGCGUUCACUGCUCAGACAAAACUAUCGAAGCUGCAGAAGCUCUGCUUCAUAUGGAUUCACCCUCCAGCCUCCAAGAAGAUCGAAGUCCAGAUACUUUCGUCCCACCAUGUGACGUGACACCAGACUUCCUCCUUACUGCCAUGCGACCUGACAUGAUAACAGAUACGGAGGUGGAGAUCUCCACUGAGGAGUGCUGCGAGGAGGACGACGAGAUGGUCACCUCCAUGGAAGAGCCGGAGCUCGAUAACGAACCUGUCAGAAAGAGACGGACUGGAAAGAAGCCGAAGAUCCAUCAGACGACCUUUUCCAACGGCUCGGUGGAUCUCAGCAUCAAGAAGAAGCCCAGAGAAGGCAAAGGGAGCACCACCUACCUAUGGGAGUUCCUGCUGGAGCUCCUGCAGGACAAGAACACCUGUCCCAGGUACAUCAAGUGGACUCAGAGGGAGAAGGGCAUCUUCAAACUGGUGGACUCGAAGGCCGUGUCCAGGCUUUGGGGCAAACACAAGAACAAGCCUGACAUGAACUAUGAGACGAUGGGACGAGCUCUCAGAUAUUACUACCAGCGUGGCAUCCUCUCCAAGGUAGAAGGCCAGCGGUUGGUUUACCAGUUUAAGGAAAUGCCCAAAAACAUCAUCAUAAUUGACGACAAAGCGGACAUGUCUGACGACCUGAUGGCGUCGGACACGGCGGUGUCGUACGAGCGCGUCCCUCCUCCGUCCGACAUGUUGCUUCAAGCCUCCGAGCUCCCGCCCUCAAAGAAGCCCAACAUUCUGAGAGGAGCUAGCAGAGCCAGCGUGGUCCAAACGUCCGUCGCCGCGAGCAACAAGUCGCCGCCAGGAGGCGGAGCCACCGUCACUACAGCAGGACCGAGGAUCGUCGCCGUCUCGUCUGCUCUGGACGGGAGCCAGCAGUCCCACCCAGCUGGGAUCUCCAACGCCGCCGGGCCGAGGACGGUACGAGUGGCAAUGCAGGUUCCUGUUGUCAUGACGACAUCACAGGGCCAGAAGAUCUCCACCGUCGCCGUGCAGCAGCCGCCAGUAGCAACGGGGGCGGCCAGCCCCACCACCAUCCUCACCAACACUUCCAGUGUCAGCGCCGCAGCCAACGCCAACUCCCAGCAGAAGGUUGUGAUCCAGACUAUUCCGACCAUGGUCCCGGCCACGGCGGAGAACGGGGAUAAGAUCACUGUCCAGCUGGCGAAGAUCAUCACCAUCCCGGCCCACCAGCUGGCCCAGUGCCAGCUGCAGGCGGGCACCAGCAAACCCGCCGCCGGCGCCGCAGUCCCGCCAGCAGGCAUCAGCCUUUUGGGAAGCCCCCUGACGGUCCGGGCGCUCACGCCCGUCAACGUCGUCCCCGGAACGCAAGUGAUGCGGCUCACCGUGCCGCCACAGGCGCCACAACAGACUCUGGUGGUAUCGCAGCCGGGGAGCAUGGGCGGGGGGGCGGGCGUGGUGACCGUCUCAGCGGGGAGCCGGGCGGUGGCGGCGCCGGCGCCUCACUACAUCGGCGGCAUCAUCAAUGGCACGGAGCUGGUCAUUGGAACCGGCGGCGUCACCGUGGAGAAGCUGAAGGCGACGGGCGCCCCUGUGCAGGCCAUGCAGGUGCAGCCGAGCCCGGCCAACGCCCAAACUGUUCAGAACCUUAAGUCGGAGAUGGUUCUCAAACUGGAAACUCCAGAUGGGAUAAAGAUGGAGGAGCCCGAGUGUUAAAACUCUUCUUCCCUCCUUUAGGCUGAAGCUAGUUUUUACAUUUCUGAGGUCAUUUUUACUUUUACCUGUAAUAACCAGCAGCAACCUGUGAGACUUUAACCAAUUGUUUUUAGGCUGUCGCUGCCUAGAACUGACAUGGACUGACGGAACCUCCACAGAACCUCCUUAGGUUUGGAUCUCUGCAUCAUAGGACCAACCCCCAUCACUACAGUCUACUCCUCCUGCUGGAUCACAGACUGACAGCAGGAAAACCCUCAAACUUAAACACUACAAGGCAGAGAGCUGCAACAGACCACAUUGUAAAAAGAUAAAAAUAAGCUUUUUAAACUGUUUCUAUUUCUAUAACUGUUAAAACCAGCAGCUUUUUUUAUUUUAUUUUAUUUUUUUUACACUUUUAUCACUGUGCAGACUGAGGAAGAGGAAGGUGAGCAGAGAGAUCGCAAAGAGCGAUGUCAGACAGGAACACGUCAUGUAUGUACAUAUAACCUUCUAUACGGCUUAUGGAGCUAACGUUAACAGAGCCAUCCUAGAUUUCAGCUCUUUUUUGGUUUUGAAUUAUUUUUUAAAAAAUUAAAAUGUGUGUUUCAAUACUUUGUACCAGGCACAGUAUUAAGGAAACCGAACUAACAUUUGUAGUACAGUGGUCCCUCGUUUGUUGUGUACCAAAAAUAUGAUGUGAUGGAGGAAAUCAGUUUUAGAACAAUUCUAAAUGUUUUAAGGCUGUAAAACGCCUUACUAUAAACUAUCUAUCAAACAGACAUGAGCACUUUCACGCUUUUUUCUUGUUUCAAAAGUUCAAACCUCCUUGGAAAAAUAAGUCCAGAAUUGUAGAAUGAAAACGGAGAUCUACUCGCAAUUGAAAACGUAUUCUGUACAAGACACACCUGUCGAAAAUGUAAAAAUAACAUUUUAACCAUGGAAAAUGACUCUUAAUUUGUUCUAUCGAGGGACCACUGUAUUCAUCUAUUUUCCUUUUGUUCCUCUGAUGAUCCAAUCAGCUUGUUCUGCCCCCCCCCCCUCAUUAUUUUUGGCAGCGCGUUGUUCAGCAUUUCAGGUCUAAAUGUGACAAAACAAUAAGGAUUUUCUAUGCGUUUGCUCUGCGAUUUGCUGCCCGAAAGCACACGCCAACACACUCUGAACUCUGGAAAUAGGAAUGUAUGUAAAGCCGGUCUGGGAACGGGCGAACCGCCGUGGACGGCCGGUCGCCGCGCACCGAGUUACAGAGAGGUCAGCGGGUCGGUCUGCCGCAUCGACUCUGCCCCGACGCUUCAUUAUCUUAUCUGGAAGAAGGGAAGAUAGUCUUUGUUCAGACUGAACCGUUUGUAUAUUCAACAUUUGAAGUAUAUUCUAUUUUGUUGUACUCUUGUUUCAAAGUGUAUUAAAGUAGAUUUUACUGAAAUAUAAAAGCAGAACUUUU